CAGUCGUCUUUAAUACGUAUUCACUAAACAACUAUCAUCGUCAAAUGUGCGGAGUUCCAUAACAAAUAUAUUUUUUAAUUUGUAAAUUAAUUUUUUUAUAAAAUUAUUUAAAUAUACAUCAAUUAUUUUAUUAAAUACAUCUGAUAGUUAAUGAUGGAGUACUAAAGUGUUAAUUAUUAUGUGUUGCAUUUGAAGAAAACUCACAUCAACCCCAGUCAUUCAACAACAUAACAGGUAUAGGAAUGUCAAAUAUCAAUUCUACCAAAUUAAAUAUGCUGUACGAGAAAAGUAUGCCGUUUUGGAAAAGAAAAUGCUUUAUUUUAUCAGUAUUAAUUUCAACUACUUUAAUCGGUUUAUUAACAUUUUUCGUGGUAAACGAUAUUUUUAAUCAAGGUAGGAUUUUAAAUACAGAAAGUAAUUUAAAUGACACAUCACCAUCACCACUCAACGUGAGUUCUAGCAAAAUACCUAAUGUAGGCUUACUCAAAAUUAGACAUUAUCGGACGGUUUCAGAUGACGUCCACGAACAAGAAAUAUCCGUCACGUGUGAAUUAAAUAACAGAAUAAUAAAACUUAAGAAUGAAAUAGAAAGGCUUUAUAAUAGUUUAACUCGGUUAGAUAUUCGGUUUAAUAGAGAAAAACGGGGUCUGUACGAAACAACAACGAUUGUUGAUUGUGUAGAAAUGAAAGGGAAAUUCAAUAAAAUCUACGAAGACUUAAAUCGGAUAUCUCAAGCAUUAUCAAUGAUUGAUAACAAUGGAAUAUGCCGUUGUAAAUGUCCGCUAGACACUAUCACGGUUGUCGACACAACAACAAAAGUCACACGUUUAACAGAAAUACCAUUUGAUAUAGUAACAUUUGCGUCAGGAAAUGUAAAAGAGCAUACACCUAAUACGAGUGAAAAAACACAACUAUUAAAAAAAAUUACAAUUUCUAAUAAUAAACCUCAAAGUGUAACCAAUCAGUUUAGAAGUGUUUUCGAUCGCGAAAUCAGUACUCCAACUUUGAAUGAAGAAAAUGAGUCCACUACUAUUUUAUUAUCGACAUUCGGAGAUACCAUUACCCAGGAAGACACUGUUGAAUCUGUCGAUACAAAAGGAGACCUGUCACCAGAAAUGUCCAAUGCAGUAACUAAUUCUGUAAAACUUAAAGAUAAUGUUCAAAUAACUGUUGAACCACAACUAUUAUAUCAUACAGAAAUUAUAACCAACGAUUAUGUAAGCUUACAAACACAUAUUACUUCUGAUACGCCAACCAGUUCAACAGAUAUUACGGAUUUAAACGAAACGGUUCAAACGACAGAGUUAAAUAAUGACAGAUUAUAUACUGCACAAGAGAAAGAGUCGAAUAAUAAAGACGUUAUUUUAAAAUCUACAACUGAAAAUGAAUAUAUUUCUGAGUCAACUACCGAAAUAUUGGAACCUGAAAAUAAUCAUAGCAACACUUAUAUUACAAAAAAAACUCCAGAAUCGGCAUAUGAAAAUGAAAAUAUUUCGAAAUUCACUAUAAGUAGAUCAGAACCUGAUAACAAUUAUAACAACGUUUAUAUUACAGAAAAAACUUCGCAAUCUACAUAUGAAAAUGAAAAUAUUUUAGGAUCGACUACAGAAAUAUUAGAACUUGACAACAAUUAUAGUAAAACAUAUGUUACAAAAACAACUUCGGAAUCGACAUCUGAAAAUGAAAAUAUUUUAGGAUCGACUACGGAAAUAUUAGAACUUGACAACAGUUAUAGUAAAAAAUGUGUUACAAAAACCACUUCGGAAUCGACAUCUGAAAAUGAAAAUAUUUCAGAAACUACUACUACAGAAAUAUUACAACUUGACAAUAAUUAUAGCAAAACAUAUAUUACAGAACAAACUUCAGAAUCGACAUCAAAAAUUGAAAAUAUUUCCGAUUUGAUUACAGAAACAUCAAAACCUAACGAUAAUUAUUAUAACAAUUAUAAUAACACUAAUAUUACAGAUAGAACAGUUGAUUUUAUAUUUGAAAGCAAAAACAUUAGUGAAUCGAAUACGGAAAUGUCUAUUUCUAAUAAAAAUGACGGAAAAACAGUUGUUAAAGAAAGAACUUCAUCAGAAGACCGCGAAAAUCAUGACAACAAACUGAAUAACGGAACAAAUAGUAAUCAAUUGACGAUUAUAGGUGAUACUAACAUAGAAAACUUAGACCAUUCGAAACUUGUCAACAAAUACGACGACAAAAGUACCUUGCAGCAGCCUGAAGUGAUACAACAAGUACCACAGAAAACGUAUCCAAUAUGCUUUUACCCAGUACCGUGUUCGCAGAACGUAGUGAAUUUGAAUUACCGGCAAAAUGAGGAAGAAACGAAUAAAAAUACAAUACAGUACUUGGCACAGUCGCUGAACACAUAUAAAAGAAAGCCGCCUGUUGCCACAGUGAUUCAAAACGAUUAUCCAGUUUUGUUGAUUUGUCGAACGGAUGUAGUCUGUUCGGUUGCCGAUUUUGCGGGACAAUCGAACAGGUUGCACUGUAUGUAUUCUGUGAAUGCCGCAAACAAAAAUAGUGAAUAUACUUCGAAUCAGACAAUAAAAAACUACGAUAACAGCACGAAAGACGAAUCCGCGACAAGGGCCAAAAGCGCAAGAAACAAUGACGAAAUUUUAACGGGUAAUCUCGAUUGUCCGCCGAAUACGUUUCCGUGUGUAGACAAUUCCGGGUGUGUGGACACCGAAAACUGGUGCGACGGCCGAAUCCAUUGCAACGACGCGAGUGACGAAAGCCAGUGUAAUUGCAAACAACGAAUAGACAAAGACAAAUUGUGUGACGGAUAUUACGACUGCCCGAGCGGAGAAGACGAAUUGGGUUGUUUCGGUUGUAAUAACGAAACGUUUAGUUGUGGUGAUUGGGAUAUUAUUUCACAGCGUUCCAGCUGUUUCGAAAGACAAAAUCGUUGUGAUUAUAUUAAAAAUUGCCCUAACGGCCGCGAUGAAGACGAAUGCACUUUACUAUCUAGACACCUCGAAAACCCUAAUCAAAUAUUUUUCAUUUCAUACUCGUCCGGUUACCUGCACCAUAAUUGGAAAGGAAAUUGGUACCCAAUGUGUGGUAACGAUAAUAUUGAUACAUGGGCGGAAAAAGCGUGUUCGGUUGAAUCUGGAGAAAUGUCUAAGCCAACUAAAAUACAGUAUAUAAAUGAGCUGACUACGUAUGGCGGUCCGUAUAUCAAUAUCGUUGGAAAUAAUCAAAUUAUAUUAUCAAACGAAUGCAAGCAGCAAGGGGUAUUUGUCGAAUGCGAACAAGACAUUUGCGGCAUACGUUCCGAUCUUAAGUUCAACAAAAACAUUGAUCCUGAUAGACUGAGAAGAAGUUCGUAUUUAGAGUCAUCGAAUAACAUCACCUCGCGCUUUGCGAGAUCGAAAGACCCCAGAGUAGUCGGAGGCGUUGCCAGCAACCCUGGCGCGUGGCCGUGGCUUAUUGCACUUUACCAGGACGGCAUAUUUCAUUGUGGCGGUGUCAUAUUAAACGACCAAUGGGUAUUGACCGCAGCGCACUGCGUUAAUCAGUAUAAGAAGCACUUUUAUGAAAUACAAGCCGGAAUUUUGCGAAGAUUUUCGUUUUCACCGAUGGAACAAUCGAGAAUAGUAACGCACGCAAUAAUCCACACUCAGUACAGUAGAUCGACCAUGGAAAACGAUUUGGCCGUAUUAAGAUUGGAUCGUGGUCUAGAAUUUAACCGUUGGAUUCGCCCUGUGUGUUUGCCCGAUAAUAAAUUGAACUGGAUUCCAUUCCCGGGAACAAUGUGUACAGCUGUUGGUUGGGGAGCUACGGUCGAACACGGACCAGACCCGGACAACAUGCGAGAAGUAGAAGUACCGGUUUUAGCUGAGUGUACGCAUAAAUCUGAUAUAGAUGGUAAAGAAAUCUGUGCCGGAUAUUUGAGUGGCGGCCACGAUACUUGUCAAGGAGAUAGUGGAGGUCCGCUGCUUUGCAGAGAGCCCAACAAUCUAAAUAAGUGGUAUGUAGCUGGCAUAGUGAGCCACGGCGAAGGAUGCGCAAGGCCUAUGGAACCCGGAGUAUACACUAGAGUCGCGUUGUAUAUGGAUUGGAUUAUUAAAGCUACUGAAGAGAACAAUUUACCACUAGACCGUCCACUACAAUAUUGUCCGGGGAUUCGGUGCAACACCGGAAAACAAUGUAUUCCGACCAAACGUCAAUGUGAUAAAUAUGUGGAUUGUAUGAAUGCGGAAGACGAGCAAAAUUGUGAUUACACAGGUUCUCAGUAUCAUGUGAAUUUAUAUCGAUCGAGAAACACUGAUCACAGCAAUUUGAAGUACAGUAAAUUAAAAAGUGCUGUACAGCCAUUGCGAGAUGUUAAUAUGAAUUUCACGGCCACCAACCCCAAACGGACGCCGACAACGGAAACAUUUGUAAGAAUAAACGCAACACCAUUACCAAAAUAUGAUGUCAACGCUACUCUCCGGGACGUAAUUAAAAUCGAAAAUAGAACCACCAUUGCGGUUAUCGAAGAAAAAAAUUAUAGUAAUAAUAUAACAAGACUAAAUAAUACGGUUUUCGACGCUAUAAGACAACUUUUCGACAAUCAGUUUACCGAAGAAACGUUCAGCUGUAAAAGAAUAACUCAAGUGGUGUUAUCUAACCACCGCUGUGACGGCACGGUGGACUGCGAAGACGGGACUGACGAAGAGUCCUGCGACUGCAAAACGAGACUGGCGAACAUGUACAAUUCGUCGGCCAUCUGCGACGGGAUUGUAGAUUGUCACAACCGCGCGGACGAAGCCGAUUGCGUUACGCCCAAGUGCAAAACUGACGAGACCACUUGCGGCUGGCCGAUAAAAUGCAUAAAAAAAAGCGCGUGGUGCGACGGGCACGUAAACUGCAACGACGGCAGUGACGAGAAAUACUGCGUGGCGAUCACGAACGGCACUACAGCUGUGACAUCGGACGCAACGGGACGACCGACGUUACGACAGUCUGGCAUGGUGGCGGUGAACAACAACGGUGUCUGGAGGGUGAGGUGCAUGCGCGACGGUGAUGUGAUUGUUAAGAUCGCACACGAAACGUGUUCGAGCCUAGGCUACUCACAAUCAGAAUACUACGACAAGAAAAUGUCGUGGAACAGUGCUCUACCCUUGAAAACGAACAAGUUGAAGAUGACCGACUUGUGUCAAGGACUCUACGUGGUGUGUAGCGGCAGGAAGACGGUAGAAGAGAAACGGUACCAUUGGCACGCCGACAUCGUGGUGGACGGUACGCUCGUUCAGUCAGGAGUGCUACUGAAGGAUUCGUGGGUGCUUGUUAAAAGAACCGGUUUAAGAUUAAACAAGUCGUACGUGACGGCAGUGUUGGGUGGUAGCACGUACUCGAUCAUGUGGAUCAAGUCGCCAUACGAACAGAUCAUCCGAGUCGACGGAAUCAGAAAAGUUCCCGACACAGAUUUCGAUCUGCUACAUUUGGCUAAUCCGGCAACUUUGAGCAGAGGCGUAACGCCAUUGAACGUGCUGCCGUUUCAACCGUCGCCCCGGUCGAACGGUACUUGCUACGCGAUCGGCUACACGGACGACCGGCACAGCAAUAAAACCGAAGUUGCGUUCCUUCGACCGGAUACCGGACUGUGUGACGACCCUAAAACGUUAUGCUUUAGUGUGUCACAAAUACCUCGAUCGUGUUCAAAUGGAAAAAAUAUGUCUCAUGUGAUUGGGGUCAUCUGUCAGUCAAAUUUUGGUUUGUUUCUGGCCGCAUCGUCAAUUCAGCUUGACAUGAACCUUUGCGAUCGUAGUGCGCAAGUCCGACUACCAAUAGCUGAAGAUCUAAUGAACGAAAUCGCGGUUAUCACUGAUGAAAGCAUAAAAACGACACCCACCCCGUUUUGUGGAGGAAAACGUUGUGAGCUCGGUGAGUGCGUUCCGUGGGAAAGAGUGUGUGACGGAGUACCGGAUUGUCGUGACGAACGAGACGAAACGAUUAAAAUGUGCGAAGAACGUUCCGAAAAAUGCAAGACCAACGACACUCUAUGCAUAUGCAACGUGGGCAGUUUUCGUUGCACCAAUGGAAAAUGCGUGGAGAAAACUGCAUUUUGCGACGGAAUCGACAACUGCGGCGACGGAACCGAUGAACCAAAGACAUGUCAGAAAAACACGUGCGUGGACUAUCUAAAGCUCACGGCCCCGGAAAGAUUAUGCGACGGACGUUGGGAUUGUUUAGACAAGACGGACGAAGAGUUCGCGAACUGUCCCGGUUACUGUAAUAGAACGAACGUUUAUCACUGUCAAUCAUCGAACAAAUGUAUAUCAUCGGAACUCGUGUGCGACGGCGAAGAAGAUUGUCCCGAAUCCGACGACGAAGCAGAAUGCAUUGGAUUAAUUACUCCAGCUGGAAAAAAAAACGAAGGCGUGUUGGCGGUAAGGUCGUACGGUCACUGGCACGAGCAGUGCAUAACCGCAGACUACACGGACGUCGAUUAUCAUUCGCUGUGCAGAGGACUGGGAUUCAGGCACGCGGUGGGCAUAAAAAGGGCGGACGGCGCCGGUGUAGACUUCGAGAACUUCAUGGUCGUUCAGCUGAACGCGGGCACGGACGUCACCAUCCGGUCGGCGACCAAAGACAUCUUGCAGCGGCGAACGGACCGGGCGUGCACCGCCACGUACGUAGUGUGUUCCAGUACAUAAUAGCUAAUUAUUGGACGUGGUCACGACGACACUACACUGCUACAGAUCGGCUGCUAUGACGAUUAAAAUAUAUAAUAUUUAGUAUUAUGACAUUGUUUAUAUUAUACUCUAAGAUUAUUUAUAAAUAUUUAUUUAUUUACUGUUAUAUAUAUAUAUAUAU